AUGGUAGCAAGUAAGAGAGCUGCUGCUGAUCCCACGAGAUCCUCAAAUGAGAAUAAAAGAACUUGCAGUGGGGAAGGAGGGACAACUGAGUCAUUGGUUUCAGAAACUUAUGUGAUUGCUACAUUACUGUAUUUAGAAUUAGCAUGUCUGUUAAUCAGCCUUCUUUCUUCAGCAUAUGAGGAUGUUCCCAGCAAGGCACAGUCUGAGAGUGGGUCUAGGGUUACCCCCAGUACAUCAAGUGAUACGAUCAAUCGUGGCAUUGCUUUGCUUAAUGCUCAUCAUGGUCCUUUUGGUGAUAUAUAUCCUGAAGAUGGUGUCUGGGGAGGAACAAAGUUUUUUUCAUGCACAGGAUUUUUCAUUGACUUUGAUGAUGAAUGUCAGACUAUUCUGACUUCAGCAACCUUGGUUAGGGAUCCUGAUGGUUCAAAUAAGAUUGUUGAGGGCCUGAAGAUUAAGGUGUUGCUUCCAAACAAUCAAAGUAAAGAGGGGACAUUGAAACAUUGUAGUUUACAGUACAACGUUGCUCUAGUCAGUGUCAAGAACUGCCGUUAUGUUCGUCAUGUGAAUCUUGAACAAUGUUCAAUAAAUUAUUCUUCCAAGGUAGUAGCUGUGGGCCGUUCUUUUGAAUCAGGUGCAUUAAUGGCUACAAGAGGGGCACGAACCUGCUGGUCAGGCCCUUUUGAUUGCGAGCAUCUUUCUUACUCUACUUGUAAGAUCAGUAAGUCUGGGAUUGGAGGCCCCCUUGUUGAUAUCGACGGGAAGUUUCUUGGUAUGAACUACUAUGACAAGAAAAUGGGAACCCCAUUCCUCUAUUUUGAUGAUCUCCGUGGAAUCCUGCAAUAUUUCAAGACAAAGCACUUUUGUUUGAUUGACAAAACUGAGUAUCGGUCAAUGACUGGUAUGAAGCGCCACAUUCUUGAAGACAACUACUACAUACAAAACCGGUGGAUAUUGCCUGAUCCAAGUAGUAUGAAUGAACGUGAACGUGAAGAGGAACGCAGAGUCCUAGCCAGCCUCCACCCAACCAGCAGUCGCCGCGUCAAAUAUGCAUACACAGGUGGUGAUGUAACCGUGUUGAAGUAG